AUGUCGUACACGAAUGUCCCCCCUCGUCGAUCUGCUCUGGCUCGCAGAUCUUCGGCCCCUCGUACAUCUGCGAACUCAUCUCGCAGUCCCUCACGAGUCAGGUUCCAGGAUGAAGCCGCUUCUCGUUCCACCGAUGCUCGAGGAAGGUUCCAAUCCAGCCCUGCCCCUCAGGAUUACGAGGUCCCGAUAUCCCGGGAGCAAGCUCGUGAUUCCAGUGGUGGCUCUCCACCGGAGUGGAACUUCCCUGUCUACCAAAAUGACUAUCCCAGCGACCACCCUGCCGGCUGGAGUCCUACCCAGGACGUAGAGCCCAGUCAGCCGCAACGUACCGCCGAGCACAGUCGAGUUUCCUUCAGCGCUCCAUCCCGGUCAAUCGAAUCUCGACGUGGGUCAGACGAGAGCGAGAGUACACUCCAUGAUGAACCUCUCGCUGACGAUUCCAAAUACUCCCUGUCAUCUUAUCGUCAUCCGUACGAGAUCCGCCCACCCUCUGAUGUUUACACUGGGCCCCAGUCAUCCCCUCGCGGUGCGACUCUUCGUCGCAAAGUUAGUUUCGCAGACGACGAAAACUACUACCACGAGAAGGGAGAUGAGGACGAAGAUGACCGUGACAUUGAAGGCGGAUGUGACUUGGGUGACAGAGACGACAGACAGCGCGGAAUCCUCUCAAACUUGAUUGAUCUCUAUGGGCUCAAUCAACGUUCCGAAGAUGACGCAGACAACGAUAACUAUGGUACGGUCAGACGGAGGACACCAGGGACAGAGAGACCAUGGCAUCUUCGUCGCGUGGACUCUACCGCGUCCAACAACUCUCAGGUCAUCGACCCGGAUGACCCAACCGUCACUGGGGAGCGUAAGAAUUUUCUUGAUGAUCCUGAAGACAUAGAAAAGAACUGCCUCCGCCAAAUGAGCUACAAAGCUCGUAGGAAGGAGAGGAUGCGCAUCAAGAUUGAAUUCAACAUCACGUCCGUGUUGAACCGACAGAUGUUCUUGAUGCGACUUGCGAAAGCAUUAAUGAUAUUCGGUGCUCCUUCGCAUCGAAUCGAAUCGCAGCUGCUUUCCGCCGCGCGGAUUUUGGAGGUCGAUGCCGAAUUCAUUCACAUUCCUGGUGUCAUUAUUUGCUCCUUCGGUGACCAGGAUACGAAGACCUCAGAAAUGCACUUCGUGAAGUGUGCCGGUCGUCUCGCGCUUGGCAGCCUUCAUGAAGUCCACCAAAUUUAUCGUACGGUGGUGCACGAUGAAAUCAGCGCAAAGAAGGCAACGGAACAACUCAAUGUGCUGCUUGAUUCGAAACCGCUCUACGGCGCGAUAUUCCGCAGUUCCCUGGCGUUCUUCAUCUCCGCCUUGAUUUGCCCACUUGCAUUUGGUGGAUCGUUUUUGGAUAUGUGGAUUGCUGGAGCAGGUGCCACCAUCCUGUCUAUCAUGCAAAUUGGAGUCGCAUCCAAGAGUCAGUUGUAUGCGAAUGUCUUCGAAAUCACCGUCACCAUCUUCAUCUCCUUCCUCGCCCGCGGUCUGAGCAGUAUUCGCAGUCAGAUAUUCUGCUACACUGCCAUUUCCUCUGCCGGUAUCGUCGGUAUUCUUCCCGGUUACCUCAUUCUGAGCAGUUCUCUUGAGCUGGCCUCAAAGAACAUUGUUUGCGGUAGCGUGAAGAUGGUUUAUGCUUUGAUUUAUACACUAUUCUUGGGUUUCGGCUUACAGAUUGGUUCUGAUCUCUAUCUACUCUUCGACCAAGGUGCUCGCCAUGACCUCGCAACUCUGGCGGCUCGCAUGACGACUGCGGUCACUAUCACCGGUACCUUCCUCGCCGAUAAUGCCACCACAACCAAUGCUACUGACGGGGCCAGCGCGUUACAAGGAACCUUCACUUUCACAAACUCUACACCUUACAUCGUUGAGCACAUCAUCACAGGCUGCUACCGGCCCCCGUCCUUCCCAUGGUACCUCCAACCCUUCCCAUGGUGGAGCCAGUUCAUUAUCGUGCCCACCUUCUCCAUUCUCUCUUCGCUCGCGAAUCUGCAGCCCUUCUGGACUGUAGAACUGGUCGUCAUGGUCGUCAUCUCGUGUGUAUCCUAUGCCGCGAACAAGAUUGCGAACCACUUCAUCUUCAAUCGCUCCGAUGUCGUCUCCGCCAUCGGAGCGUUCGCGGUCGGUCUGCUCGGUAACAUUUACUCCAGAAGGAUGGGGGGUACCGCGUUCACGUCCAUGGUCACCGGUGUGCUGUUUUUAGUGCCUUCUGGUCUGUCGCAGGCCGGAGGUAUUACAGCACAAGGCAAUGGUAUUGACAUUGGAGGUGCCAUGAUUUCAGUCACGAUCGGUAUUACCGUCGGACUGUUCAUGAGUCAAGCCAUCGUCUAUAUGUUCGGUUCCCGAAAGAACGCUGCUAUUUUCUCCUUCUGA